AUGCCAAUAUGUCCCGAUUGUGACAGCGGCUUUCUGGAAGAUGUCGAACAAUCAACACAUUCCGCCAAUACUGUUGGUGGCCGUCGAAUGAGGUUCCCUAUGGCGGCGGCUAUGUACAUGAUAGGCCAUCGCAAUAAUAAUUAUAAUCAAAAUACUUUUCGACGCCACCGUAGAAACAAUGUUAACGGUGGAGACAUUUCUCCGUUUAACCCGAUUAUCAUGAUUCGUGGUGGUGGUGGUUCCUCUGAGGGGACGAGCCGUGAGCGUGAAGAGAAUAACGAGUUUGAGCUUUUCUACGAAGAUGGUGCCGGUUCUGGUCUUAGAGCAUUACCUCCAAGGAUGUCAGAGCUUAUUCUAGGGUCUGGAUUUGAAAGGGUGAUGGAACAACUUUCUCAUGUUGAAGCUAAUCGUAGUGGAAACGAGGGACAUAAUCAACAACAUUUACCGGCAUUAAAAUCCGCGGUGGAAUUGUUACCGACGAUUGAAAUCAACGAGAGUCAUAUGAAUGUAGAAUCACAUUGUGCCGUUUGUAAAGAGCCUUUUGAACUUGGAAUUUCAGCUAGGGAAAUGCCAUGCAAACACAUAUACCAUAAUGAAUGCAUACUUCCAUGGCUUGCAAUUCAAAAUUCUUGUCCCGUUUGUCGACAUGAAUUGCCUUGUGAAUCACCACAAAUUAACAAUGAAAUUUCCAAUUCGAAUGAAGACGAGAAUGUUGGGUUGACAAUUUGGAGGUUACCGGGUGGAGGGUUUGCCGUUGGAAGAUUUUCUGGUGACGGAGGUGGGGGUGAGAAUAGAAUGGAGCAUCCUAUUGUUUACACAGAAGUGGAUGGUGCAUUUAACAAUGUUGGAGAACCAAGAAGGAUUUCAUGGUCAUUGACAUCAUCUAGAGGAGGGAUAGGAAGAAGUAGAGGGGGUGCAUUUCGUAGAAUGUUGAGCAAUUUGUUUGGAUGUUUGAGAGGAGGUGGAGUUAGGAAUCAACAUUCUCCUUUUACUACUAGAGAGUUUCCUCAACCUAUGACCAUGAGAAAUAAUAGUGCAUCUCAUACCAAUGAGAAUCCUUCUCUACGUUCACGUAGGACUUGGUCUAUGGAUGCAAAUGGUGGAAAUAGACCAUGGUAA